UGGAGACAAACAGCAUCAAAUCGCAUAUUUCUAUCGUGUGUUAUAAACCCACCCUUUUUUUGGACAGAAUUAUAGUUCGGCCAUCCAAGGACCGCUUCAAUUGCCUCCUUGCCAUCGCCUGUCGUCAUUCGUAUCGAACUCCUGCCGCCAUCCAUCCCAUCGCCGCUGCGUCGUCCUCUUCUCUCCGUCCACACUCAGGCCCCGCAUUUCCGCUAGACAUCGCGUGACGCAGGGACAAUUCGACGGUUCCUGAUCAACAGUCAGACGCAUUUAAGAUUCAGUCCCGAUGACUUAGACCGUCACGCGACGCCCCUGUUACUUCCCUACCUCUCUUUGCGCCUCGCGCUGCGGAAAUAGAGCCUCUCUCGGAGGCAGACUCCUGGUCCCUUGAGUCAUACGCGGGGAGCAGACGAAAUAUAUACAAUUCAUUUUUCGAAUAAUGGGCCGUGUCUCGGUCAGAUCCUCACAGCAUGAGUUCAAGCAGCGAUCAGUCGGAGUCGCAACCGCCCGUGUCUUCAAUCCCCGGUGGGUAUCAAAGCGACAGUGGCAGCAGCUCCUCCAGUCGCCAUCCCGAUGAGCGUCAUGACCCGUUCGCGCUUCCGAAGGCCGUCAAAGCGAGAAAAUCGGAGUACACCCGCGAACAAACGCUCCGCGUCAAGGUCGGCACUUGGAAUGUGGCAGCUAUCCGAGGCACGGAGGAAGAUAUUGGAAAAUGGUUCGUGGAACGAAAGGGUAUAUGCGAACAGCUCUCUGGUCUGAAGCUGCAGGAUCCCCGAGAUAUGUCCGACGGGACCGAUUGGGGGUCGGGGGACGACGCUUCGAGAGAUACUCAGGUCGGCCAGCCGAAACGCAAGGGAUUCCUUAAACUCCCUCCGUACGAACCGGAGAAGGUAGGACUCUACGUGCUAGGAUUACAAGAGGUUGUUGAUGUCUCGUCGGCUGCGGAGGCAUUGAGGCCAUACGUUGAUCCAGGACCAUCGAACAAAUGGAAGGCGGCGCUUGAGAAAGCCCUGCCAGAGGGGUUUCAGCUCGUUUCGGAGACUCAGCUGGUGGGACUCAUGCUUUUGAUCUAUGCGGCUCCUUUCGUUGUCGAGAGCAUAUCUUCGGUUAGCUCCACCAACGUCGGUACGGGACUUUUGGGCUACAUGGGCAAUAAAGGUGCAGUAGCAACGCGACUGAUGCUUGGUGAAACGACUUGUCUUGUGUUUGUCAACUCGCAUCUUUCCGCUGGCUCGGAUAAAAGUAGCUUGGAACGGCGCAAUUGGGAUGCAUCUCAGAUUGUUGGACGCGCUAAAUUUGACCCUAUCGACCCAGACAAGGGCCUGAGAGAGGACCCUGGGGAUAGUAUUGGGGGAGAAGAUUUUGCCUUUUGGUUUGGUGACCUGAACUAUAGACUUGAAGAUAUUCCUGGAGGUGACGUGCGACAAGUGCUCGCUCGGCAUACGGAGAACGAAUACGACAAAAGACAUAAGCCGGAAGUGCCAUCAUCACCAAUGGUAGGCGUCGAACACGACCAUGAUUCGGAAGAAUCAUUUCCCACUCUAUCGGACGAGGAAAUCGACCCUCAUACGGACCCGUCUUCGCUACAAACUACUAUUGCUUCUCUACUGCCCCAUGAUCAGCUUCGUAUGCAACAGAAGAAGAACAGGGCUUUCCAUGACGGUUGGAGAGAAGGCGACAUUACAUUCUUACCGACAUACAAGUAUGAUGUAGGGAGUGUGGCCAGGUUCGACUCUAGCGAGAAGCAUCGUGGGCCGAGUUGGUGCGAUCGAAUUCUAUACCGGACACGCCACGACAGACUCAGGCAUGAAAAGCGGGUUCAAGAAGCCGAGAAGUCGAGAAAACGGGACGAAGAAAUGAAAGCAAGAGGCUUGGAUAAGGCAGAUGCUGAUGACAACGUAUUAUUUGACUACGACCCGGACGUCGAUGGUGCCGACAGCGGGGACGAGUACGAUCCAAAUAAGGACAAAUCGAGCGACAGUGAUUCGGUGUCUUCCGAAUCUGAUAAGGAUGAGUGCUGUCGGCUCGAAUAUUAUGUGUCACAUCAAGGUAUUCUAUCAUCGGACCACAAGCCUUUGUCUGCCGGUUUUACAAUCAAGUAUGAGGCUGUCGACCCUUAUCUGAAAGCCAAGGUACAUCAGGAAGUUGUACGGGAGCUAGACAAGGCCGAGAAUGAAUCGCGACCUGGCUUGACCAUCGUGGUCGAUACGCACGGAGAGGAUCCCAGAAAGUCCACAACAGAUCCGAAUGCGGUAGACUUCGGUGAUGUUUCUUUCGAUAUACCCAUCACCCGCUCACUCACUGUUGCAAAUACGUGUGGCGUGCCCGCUACUUUCCGUCUCGAGAGGCCCGAUCAUGGCAGUGAGCAGAAGACACCGUCAUGGCUGGAGUACAAAAUUGAAGCACCCACUCACCAUGAGGAAGAUAAGAAAAGGAAAACAAACGAACGUACUCUGUUUCCCGGGGAGCUCGCCAACAUUGAUAUAACAGCACAUGUUCACGAUAUCGAGCAUGUUCGUUUGCUGAACAACGGUCAACUCAAGCUUGAGGACAUCCUUGUCCUUCGGGUGACCGGCGGUCGCGAUCAUUUCAUCUCUGCUUAUGGGCAGUGGUUACCUACAUGUUUUGGUCGCAGCGUGGAAGAACUUACCAUGAUGCCCGAAGCCGGUGCGCGAAGCCUAUUGAAAAGGGAUAAAUCAGAAAAAGAGCGUGAUCAUGAUGAAACUGGCCGCCUAUCAGCCCCUCGUGAGCUUUUCCGCCUGACUGAGGCUAUUUCAGAACAGUCUGAACGUGCCAUUGCUGAGUGGGGAAUGACAAAGAGUGAUUCCGACGAAGAGUUGCCCCCAUGGGCAAAGGACCAGGGUGCCGGAUGGCCAUUUGACCCCGAGACGUGGACCUUGAAGGAUAAGGAGCAACGAUCUCGGCACUUGGCUUCAGCUCGUGAAGCCUUGGACACCAAUCAAGAUUUCAAGUCUACCUUCGCUCCUGAGGUAACAUCACUGCAUCGAUUGGAGCUUCUGUGCGAAACCUUAUUGGCCUUUCUCCGUUCACUGAGAGAUGGAAUAGUCACGGCUCCCGUUUGGGAGAAAAUGGAACAGCAGAUGGUCACGCGUGAACGGAAUAAGUCACCUCCCCUGUCCUGGGAUGAAACUCAAGCAUGGGUUCUAGAGACGCUCGCAUACUCCCCCGCUCACAGCGUCUCCUUCACGUUUGUCACAUUUAUGCUCGCCCACAUUGCCAACGAGAUCGCUCCGUUGCCGUCUACGGCAACAGCACUGCCUGAAAUAUCGAACCAACAACAUCAACACAAGAAGAGGGACAGUGUCCUAUCCACCAAAGGCGGACAGCCUUCUGAUCCGACCGCAGCUGAAACAACAGCCUCAAUUGCGGAGGGUAAUAUCAAACGGCGACCGCGUGUCUUGACAGCCACCAGCUUAUCGAGCCUUCAAGCCAACGCCAGUCAUCGCCGACAAGCAGUCGAAACCGCUUUAGCUUCCAUUUUUGCUUCCGCACUCAUUUCUGCCAGUACUGUCCCUAGCAAGGACAAGGAGCGGCGGGCCCUGGAGGAUAGAAAACGAAGUAUUAUUGAGCCGUUCCUGAAGACGGCUGGGGUUGAUAACAUGGGUCCAUCGGGUGGUGCUCCGUAA